AUGUCAGCCGCAGCAGUCGAUCACGCUGCCACCAGCUCUUCCUCAACAACCCUCCAAACCGCAAAACGCAACCUCCAAUUCCUAUAUGACCCUUCCUCGCCCAACGCCCCCACCAAGCGCCGGACACGCUACUUCCUCCGCACCCUUCGCUACACCCUAAAAUUUCUCUUCUGGCGCCUAGUGCGAUACGCAAAGUAUGCAGCUGUCGGUGCCCUGACAGCAGCAGUAGCAGGAACAGCGAUAGGGUCAGUGGCGUCUGGAGCUGCGUUUGUGCUUGCACCGACUGGCAUAGUGGGAGGCGCGGGUGUAGGGUUGCUUUGGGGGCUGGGAAAGUUUGGAUGGAGGACGUUGGCGAGGAGGGUGAGGAGUGGAGAGGUGCAUGGGGCUGAUGCUAGGGAGGAUGAGAGAAGUGAGGGGCACGUAGAGGUUGAGACUAUCAAGGCGCCGAGGAUGGAGGAGCCUUGGUGA